AUUUUAACAAAAAUUUGGCUUUUUUAUGAAAAUUAUUAUAAAAUAUUUGGAUUUUAAAUUGCAUAUGAAUGAGUCUGUACGUAAUCCGAACAGACCAUGGCAAGGAGAGGAGGAGCGCAACAGUUACAGGUUGAAAUUAAAACCGACGAAGAACUGGACAAAUUUUUGACCCGCCCAGGAUUGCUCAUUUUGGAAGUCUACUCAGAUUGGUGUGGCCCAUGUCUUGGAAUGCUUGGUACCUUGCGUAGAGUAAAACUCGAAAUGGGAGGCGAUAACAUGCACCUGGCAAUUUGCAAAUCUGAUACUGUGACAGCUCUAAAGCGGUUCAACAAAAAAAGUGAACCUACGUGGCUUUUUGCUGUGAACGGCAGGGCUGUAAAUAUUUUCUAUGGGUCAGAUGCUCCAAAAUUAGUAUCCCUUAUACUAAAGGAGCUUGAAAAAGCGUUACAAAAUGUUUCGCGACCAACCUACGGCAUUGCAGAACUUCAGCCGGUUGAAGCUGAAGCACUGAAGGUCAAAAUGGAGGCAACUGAAAAGGCUGAACGCAUUGAGCGGGAAAAGCAACAUAAGAAAAAAAUUGAUUAUCUGAACCAUUGUACAGAUAUAAUAAUGGAAAAUUUGCCUGAUAUUGGUGUAACUGUUUUUGGACCACAAGUUUCUCGGGAUAUGUUUAAAAAGCUUUCCGAGCCAGCUGAACAUCUCAAAAUGCAAUGCAAAGACCGAAAGUAUCUCGAAGUCUGUGCAGCAGAUUUUGAUAUCAUUAACUAUGCUUGCAAGAAUCCGUUGUCCCCUGACAUUAUUGAGCAACUGGAUGGCAAGGAAUUGCUUGUGUGCUUCUGGAAAAUAGACGAGUCCUCUGGGCCUAUACCACAUGUGCUUGCAAUCUACGCGCAUGAACUAACAAAGGAAAGAGUUGCCCCGCCUGAUGAGGAAAUUAAUGUACCACAUCCUAUACCGCCAAUUAUAUCACCUUUGAAGGUGAAAUUCGAGGUGGAAGUGGAAGAGGGAGAAAUUUGGGUUGAGGAAAUUAGUUCAGAAGAAGAGGCCAGAAUAAAGGCUGCCGAAAGAAAAGCAGCUGAAAAAUCAAAAUCUGCUCUUCGCCUGCAAGACGAGUCUCGAAAGGAUCAAGAGCCGGGGGAGGACGAUGGCGAGGAAGAGGCUAGUGAAGAAGAAGAGGUAGUACAAGCUGCACAGCCAGCAUUCCCUGGCAUGGCGCUUGAUUUAGAUUUGGGUCUUGACGAUAACGUUGCUAGCGAAGAGGAGAUGGUGGAAGAAGAAGAAGAACCACCAAAGCCUCUAACUCGUACAAAGCGUGUUAAGAUUCCGCCUAUAUGGGUUGCCAAUAACCGUCGCACCCAUGCUGCCUUGAUCUACGUGUUCUUCCGUAGCCAAACUGCCGGAUUCUUACCACCAGAUCCACCACCAGAGCCGCCGCAUAUCAUAAUGGCAUUCGAAGCUUUCAAACGGGAUGAUAUUAUGGAAGUUGUGGAAACCAUUCGAGAAGACAUACCUCAAUAUGGUUUCUUCACUAAUGAUACUCCAGGAGAGGCAAAACUAAUAACAAACUCUAUAUUUAAAUAUGACGAGAUUCAGGAACCCACAUCGGGCGACAGAUUCGUGCUGAAAGUUAACAAAGUACAAUCAUAUACGAUGCUGUCUUUGGUGCAAUUUGAGCCUACCUACUGUAGUGGCAAUGUUAAAGCCGGCCGCUUGGAUGCACUCAAAUUCUUUCCAGAAGACUAUAAGACGGAUGAUGACAUACCGCCUGAAGCAGAGAAGAAGCCCAAAAAGAAAAAGAAAAUUCAAAUGGAACAAGAAGCAGAACAGGUUGGGUCGCGUGCUCCGUCCACUGAGUUGGAGAAAGGCAUUGAGUCCGUCCCAGUUGAAGGUGCGACCGCGGAAGAGGCACCUAAAGGUCCAGAAGGCGAGGCGCAGCCGGGCGAUACUCAGCCGACCGAAGCAGGGCCGACUGAAGCUCCAGCAACCACUGAUCCAGCUGCUGUACCGCCAGAGGGAGCACCUCAACCUACCGAAGGCACCGCCGUACAGGAGCCACCCAAAGAAGAAACUACUGCUGAACCAGCAGAACCACCUGCUGUGGAUGCUCCGCCACCAGCUCCAGAACCGCCAUCCGAACCUGCACCAGCUGAAUAGUUUGUUUAUAUGUAUCCAUGUACAAAACUUUUGUAACUAAAUUUCUGAUAAAUAGUCACUUCACUUAAAA